AUGGUUAUAAACGUAUCAUUUAAAGUUACGGGAGGUAAAGAAUUUACUAUUGAAAUCGAACCAAAUAUAACAGUUUUGGAUUUAAAAAAAAAAUGUUCUGAACAUGUAGAUAUACCUGUUGAAGCACAAAGAAUUAUUUUUAAAGGUAAAAUAUUAAAAGACAAAGAAUCUUUAUCAACAUAUAAUGUAUCCGAUGGAAAUACAAUGCAUUUAGUUCGUAGUGCUAUGCCAACAAAAGAACCUGAGGAAGAAAAAGAGAAUAAUAAGAAUGAAGAUUCCAAUAACCAAAAUUCAAAUUCAAAUGAUAAUUUAAGUGAUUUGAGUGAUAAUCCCUUAGUUCAAAUGUUGCUACAAAGUGGGACAGGAGAUAUGAACAGUUUUAAUAGUGAUUCAGGAAAUGGAGAUAAUCUUAACUUCGGAAACUUUGCAAAUUUACUAAAUUCCAAUGGUGGUGAAUUUAACAGGGAUACGAUUAGUUCAUUAUUGAAUAACCCUUUAGCAAGAUCUUUAUUAAAUGAAUUGAGCAAUAACCCAGAAAUGUUAACAAAUUUAGUAUCUAAUAAUCCAAUUUUAAGAAAUACUUUUUCUCAAAGCCCAAUUAUGCAACCAGUUUUGGAAAAUCCAAACUUAUUAAGAGAAUUUAUGAGACCAGAAAUUUUGCGAGCAGGUUUACAAAUUGAGAAUGCCCUAAAUAUGAAUACUAAUAAUAAUAGCAAUCAAAGAGGGAUUAGAAUGGAAGAUCUUUUAAAUAAUUUAAAUAAUUUUGCAAAUACUAAUGGUACUGCGAAUAACACUGAUAAUAACAACUCUAAUGAAAAUAAUAAUAAUAAUAAUAAUAUUAAUUCCCUUUUUCAAUCUCAAGAAUUGUUACAAACAUUUCAACAAGUUAUGAGAGCAAAUCGUAACUUAGCAAAUCUUAAUUUUCCUAAUUCUAAUCAAAAUUUAGACUUCAAUUCAUCUAAUGUAACAGAUAAUAGAUCACCAGAAGAAAAAUAUGCUUCUCAAUUGCUGAGCCUCCAAGAGAUGGGAUUCAUUGAUAAUGCUGCAAAUAUACAAGCCUUACAAGAAACAGGAGGAGAUGUUAAUUCUGCCGUUACCCGUUUAUUGGAAAAAGGGUUCAAUUAA